UGCGUACUGUUUUCGUUCUUUCGCAAAGUGUCGUCCUAUUGUUCUUUACACACCGUAGGAUUACCGUGGUGCAGGACAUCGGGGAAAAGAAAAGUUCCAUCCCUUAUUAGCGUUUCAGCAGUGAAGAAAAACCUCGUCCUGCUACCGUUGUGUGCAUAUUGUUUCCCGUUCUGUUCGCUGCCUUGUUGUCCCUUAUGUUUUCGUGUGUUGCCCCACGUCGAGAUAAACCAGGCUCGGGACGAGAUGUGCGUGUAAUCUUCCGCCACAGACCACAACGGUGCUAUAUCCUUCCGCAUUCGAUGCUUGAAGCGUUGUGCAAGAGGUUGUUUCCCGUGCGUCACGAGGCACGAUAUUAGUUGGCGGUGAUUAUUGCUAGCACAUCGGGAAAGAAAGUGCGCUUCGUCCGAUCCAGUGCAAGCGGUAGCAGCAGAACGGAAACGCACCCAGAGAAAAGAGCUUUGCGAUUGCGAUUGCGUAUGUGUGCAAGUGUGUUUGUGUGGUGAAAAUUUCCUUCCCGAUGCCUUCAUCCUUCCGGUGAAAGUGUUGAAAGAAAAUAAUACUGCCGAACGGUGCUAUCCGUCGUCCUGGAAACAUCAUCACGGUGGCCUUGAUAUCAUAGAAGAAACACCGCGUAUAGCAACAGCGAAUCAACAACAAAGUCACCAGCAGCUCCAGGCCACAAAGGGCCGGGACCCCCUCACCGUUGUUGGUCGAGCAGCGCAACUAGCCUUACACCACAUUUUCAGAUAAGACACAUCUUGUUGUUUGUUUACACAGAAGAUUCCAAUUGUAAAGAACCCCUCGUAUCCGAGCAGGCACUGCAUCGGUGCGAUUCGAUGGGAUCCUUGGGCCACCGGUCGCUCCUACAGUACCUGGAAACGGAUGAUCUAGCUGGAUUAAAAUCAUUCCUUGGCACCCGCCACCUGCAGGUCGACGAUCGAGAUGAGAACAACACAACGGUGCUGAUGGUCGCUAGCGGUCGCGGUGCCUCCCAUUUCGUGAAGGAAGUGCUCGCCCGGGGAGCCGAUGUACAGGCACAGGAUCUGGACAACUGGACGGCGCUACACUUCGCUGCCAAGGCCGGUCACGUCAGCAUCGUCGAGCUAUUGCUGGACAAUGGAGCGGAACUGGAGCAUCGGGAUAUGGGCGGGUGGACGGCACUUAUGUGGGGCUCGUACAAGGGUCACACCAGCGUGGUGGCGCUACUGUUGCAGCGUGGUGCCGACGUGCAGGCACACGGCAACUACCAUCUCAAUCCCCUGCUCUGGGCAUCCGGCCGGGGUCACACGGAAAUCGUGCGGCUGCUGGUCAAUACGGGUGGCGCGAAGGUGAAUGUAGGUGAUAAGUACGGGACUACACCUCUGGUAUGGGCCUGCCGGAAAGGAAGCACAGAGAUAGUCGAUGUCCUGUUAAAGGCGGGCGCCAACGUCGAUACGGCGGGCAUGUACUCCUGGACACCGCUGCUGGUGGCGGUCAGCGGAGGCUUUCAGGAGUGCGUUUCCCUGUUGCUGGAACGCAAACCGAACGUGAACGCGCUGGACAAGGACGGCAUGACGGCACUGUCGAUCGCGUGUCGCGAAGGGCUGACCGAGAUCGCGUCCGCACUGAUCGCGGCUGGGGCGUAUCUGAACGUGCAGGACCGUGCCGGUGACACACCACUAAUCAAUGCCGUCAAGGGCGGCCACCGGAGCGUGGUGGAGAUUCUGAUGAAGCGCCACGUGGACGUGGACAUACAGGGAAAGGACAAGAAGACGGCAUUGUACACGGCCGUCGAGAAGGGUCACACGGCGAUCGUGAAGCUGAUACUGCAGUCGAACCCAGACCUGGAGCUAUCUACCAAAGACGGGGACACGGCACUGUUGCGCGCAGUCCGCAAUCGCAACCUGGAGAUUGUGCAGAUGCUGCUCGAGCGCAAAGCGAAGGUGGGCGCAACGGACAAGCGGGGCGAUACCUGUCUACACGUGGCGAUGCGCGCCCGUUCGAAAGCGAUCGUGGAAGCGCUGCUGAGCAAUCCCAAGUACGGCCAGCUGCUAUACCGUUCGAACAAGGAAGGAGAAACACCGUACGCAAUUGACGCGACGCACCAGAAAACGAUCUUGGGGCAGGUUUUCGGCAACCGGAGGCUGAACGCGAACGAAGACUCGGAGGGUAUGCUUGGGUACGGGCUGUACUCAUCGGCACUGGCAGACGUGUUGAGCGAUCCGACCCUUACCACCCCCAUUACGGUGGGGCUGUACGCAAAAUGGGGCAGCGGCAAAAGCUUCCUGCUGACGGAACUGCGGGACGAGAUGAAAAACUUUGCACACUCGUGGUCCGAACCGCCCAUCGACGCGUCGUGGCUGUUCUUUCUCAUUAGCCUGCAUCUGGUGCUGGUGAUCGGUACCGUGGUAGGACUGGCAACGUGGAGCUACGUGUGGGGCAUCGUUACCGGGGUCAUCCUGCUGGUGCUCAUCUACUUCACCGAUAUCCUGUUCAAGUUCCUCGACCGCCGGUACGAUCUCGAAUGGCUGUACUCGCUGAACUACGGCCUGUCCCGGAAGCUCGGUCGGUUUCGGCUGAUACUGCAGGUCGCAUUCUGUCAUCCACCGGGUCCGCAGAGUGAUCAGCAACCGAUGCCGGUACGGUUUCACUUUGCCGAAGCGAGCGGUGCUGCUCCCAACGGUGAUGCGGCGGUGGCCCUCAUGCUGGCGUCUUUGUUUGACGCGAUAGAGGCACACUACGGUUCGCUGGCAACCGGUCUAUAUCGUGCCUUUCGGCCGAAACCCUUAAAAGCUUCCAGUGGAUGGAAAUGGCGCAAAAUGUGCUGCAUGCCGGUGGUGCUGAUGUUUGAAUUGGGCACCUUAGGAAUCCUGGCGACCGCUUCCCUGUCGAUCGUGUACUCCGAGUACGGACUCGAGGGACGGGAUGAGAUAGCGGUCGCAAUUUACAUUCUGCUUGGCAUUCUGUUAGCCGGUGCUAUCGCCAACCUGCACGCCUGGUCGAAGCUGAUCGGUGCCUUGUUUAUGUCGCAGGGCAAACACCUCAAGCGUGCCUUCAACAGCAACGAAGCGGCCCCACUAACCGCACUCGGGGCCGAAGUGAGCUUAAUGACGGACAUGGUACGCUGCCUGGACGCGUUCACCGGCCAGCAAAGCCGGCUGGUCGGUGUGGUCGAUGCGCUCGACUCGUGCGAUACCGAGCGAACGCUAACGAUACUGAACGCCGUACAGACGCUACUAUCCGCACCGCAGCGACCGUUCGUGUUGCUGCUAGCGGUCGAUCCGCACGUUAUUGCCAAAGCGGCCGAAGCAAACAGUCGCCGGCUGUUCACGGAGGGUGGCAUCGGUGGACACGACUUUCUGCGCAACCUGGUGCACUUGCCGGUGUACCUGCAGAAUUCCGGUUUGAGAAAGGUGCAACGGGCACAGAAUACCGCCAUGUCCGCUUACCGGCGUGCCAUGCCGGAUAUUAGCCGGGACGACGAUCAGCCGCAUUUGGGUCAUUCCGCAUCGGCACGACGGUUGUCGAACGCGUCGGAGAUCAUGUCGUCGCAGGAGAAGCUACGCGCGAUGCCGAGUUCGUCGCGCGGUGGAAGCAAGAAGCUGCGCGUAUCCGACUCGAUUGCCAGCUCGAUCGGUUCCAACCUGCACAAGCUCGGUCAGAAUCCACCGGUAGAUCUGUCGAAAAUCAUUCUGACCGAUGAUUACUUCAGCGAUGUCAAUCCGCGCAGUAUGAGGAGACUGAUGAACGUUAUCUAUAUUACUGUCCGUUUGCUGAAGGCCUUUCAGAUAGACUUUAGCUGGUAUCGGUUAAGCUCGUGGAUCAAUCUCACAGAACAGUGGCCGCUGAGGGCUAGCAUGAUCGUGCUGGAACACGACCAAGCUGGCGAUAGCUUUGAUGAAUCGGUCUCACUUCAAGCUGUGUACGAUAAGGUGCGUCCAAAACUAACCUGCCUGCGGGAAGCAGCAACGUUGCUCGAUCUGGAUCGUGACGAACGUAAGCUAGACGCCUUCCUGCAGCUUCACAAAUCUGACCUGCUCGUGUCCGAUUUGCGCAUCUUUUUACCAUUCACCAUCAACCUCGAUCCCUAUCUGCGGAAGGUGCUUAAGGAAGAUCAGCAAGCGCUGGAAGACGAGGGAAUCAUCAUCCCCAUGAAGACCGUGCUGCCACCGAGCAAACCGAGCGGAUUCUUGCCACAUCACCAUCGUGCCCAGGGGGGUAGCUUGCUGCAACCGACACCGCAACAUCCCAGCAGUCUGACCAACUGGCCAAACUUCUACAACCCACAACCGCCGGCAAUGGCGUUGAUGAGCUAUUACAAUCAAAACUGGGCCAAUUUCCUAGGCUCCGGUACGAAUGCGCUCAUCGGUGAUCCUAUGAACAAAUCGGGCACCGUUGCAAGUGGACCCAUAAUAACGGAGCAUCCCACGCAUGAUCAUCAUUCCACAAUGGCCGGUACGGGUGGUAGUAUGCGUGGGAAGAGUGGGAGUAGCAACCACAAAUCUACCAACGGACAAUUGACAUCGCCACCGAUCGAUAUCGACCUGACAAAUGUACAGCUUUCCACGCUAACGGUAGAGCAGCUGAUCGAUCUACUGGGACAGGUGAAUGAUCUGAAACCGGCGCUGGAACGUACGGCACCGAUUCUACGCGAGAACGCCAUUUCCGGCCGGGUGCUGAUGUACUGCAAUCUGGAGGAAUUAAAAUCGGUCCUUCGCCUCAGCUUUGGACAUUGGGAAAUGUUUAAGCUGCUGGUGACCGCACUGCGGGAAGCGAGCAUUGCGCAACCAUCGAGCCGAAAGCUGUCGAAGACUACGUCGUUCGCCAAGGGCACGAAUGAUACGGUGGAGCUGCAGGAACCGAUUGCCCAGUCGACACCACCGUUCGGUUCCGCAUCGAGUAGCUUCCAGCCGAUACGACAAAAGUCGCAAAAUCUGCUAGAAAAACAGCCAGCAAAAGUGCAUGAUUACGAAUAUCUGCAGGUGACGCUCGAGGAGCAGAUGAUCUGUGGCGCGCUGCAAACACUGAACGAGGACGCGUUCGAGGAUGUGGUCAGCAGUAGCGAGCGGCCCAGCCCAACCGGUGAGAUGUUUAGCCAGUACCUGGCGCCAAUAAGGGAAAGCUCGGAAAUCGGUUCACCGCCACGCCUCACUUACAACCUUACUAACCCAAACCUGACCGAUCUUGCCACCAGCAACGGUACGCUGAACGGGGACGACAGUGGUGUCGGUGGUGGCCAUCUCGGUCCAACAUCGCGCGCCGGUUCCGGCCGACACAGUCGCUCCCACAGCUUGCAUGACGAUGCAUCGCUGACCAGCAUUGUGGUCAUUCCCACCUUCCUAACCACGUCCCCCAACACCACCACCACCGGCAACAUCAACGACACCAAGCUCUAAUUUCACACGGUGAAUCGAUUCUCUGCACCCGAAUGCGACUCGAAACGUUGCUGUUGUUGUUUUCAUUGUUGUGAUUGUUGUUGAUGGUGUUGUUGAUGCUAUUGUGUGGCUGCCGUGCUUUAGUUUCUUCGGAGAGGAUUGUUGCUGUUGUUUGAUGUGCUUUUUAAAACAAACAAAAUCUUGCAUUCCAACCGUGUAACGCAUGUGCGCUAUUGGUGCGAACAAACCUAGCUUACGUUAAGAAUUGGCAUCAAGUACCUCACUAAAAGAGUAUGAACUGAGCCGGAUGAGAUGAUUGCUAACCCCCUAAAACCUUCCCAAUGCACAUCGCGCAACACACUGUCCCACGCCCGUUGCGGAACGCGUGAGUAUAAGUAGGACGGAAGGAAAGAGAAGUAGGAUGGUAGGUGAGGAGUUAUAUUAUAUUUUAAUACUUCAUUUUAAGUUAAAGUAUUACACGACAGGAUUUUACGCUCUUGUGUGCGAGUGUGGACAACCACCAAGUUCUACCAAAGUGAUACUAUCCAUUAGUGAGCGUGAGAACAAAUUGAAGCCCCUUAAGUAGAACAAUUAUUGCGCGAUAGAAGAUGAAAGGUGAGAUCAGGACGGAUGGAACCGAAUGAACAAAAUAACGCGGUACACGGUUCGCCUCGGCGCGUCCUUACGUUUUACAGUACAACGAGCGUACGAAUGAACCAAAACCAACAGACACACUCACACACCUUUACAUACAAAUAACACACUGUUCUUCCUAUAGUAGGCACCCGCUAGUGAUAAGAUAGAGAAAUUGCUUAAACUAUAUUUAGACCCGAUGUAUGUUCAACCCGUUCAAGGAAGCGCAUUUAAAAUGGCCGCGUGCUGUAUAGUGAAAGGAUGGUAAUGUGAAUGUGAACAAAGAAUGCUAAAAGUUACACAAAAGCCAACCGUUGCGUGUUGCGUUUUUCUGUAGGGAAUAUGUUACUGACCUUUGGUUUGGCCGUUCUUCUUACCGUAUGUGUGAUUGCAGUGAGAAAUGAUUAGUUGCAGGGCCACUAGAGUUGACAA